AUGGGCAGGGGAGGGAUCUGUCCCAUCCAUCCUGUGUCUGCCACCGCCACCCACUCAAAAUCUCUCGGGAUCCAUCCCCAAUUUCUUUGUCCCAUCAAUCCAUCCAGCCGGAGCACUCCACUCAUCCCCUUGAUCCCACCAAGUUGCUGCCAGAGGCCCUGCCUCGUGCGCCCGCGCAAGGAGACGAGCCCUCUCCUGCAGCUCGAGCUCCUUCGUCCAUGUCUGUGUCGCCUCCGACCUCCUCGUGACCCCGCUGCCCCGGCGAACCUCGCCGCCGGCAACCACCACCAGCAGAUAAGCCCUGCGCCGCCCUUUCCUUUCCUGCUUCUCUCUUCUCCCUCUCACUUCUCUCGAUGGUUUUCUUUUUACGUCAGAGAACCAUCAACCGAAGCCGUCCCUGUCGCCCGAGCUCCUCCCUGCACAGCGCGCGCCCGCGCGACCCCGUCGCUGGCGACCCGUCUCCAGCCGCCGUGGAGCCACUCAGCGCCCGCGCCUCACCAUCUUGCUGCUGCCCGCACCAUCGGAGGUCCGUCGGACCCGCGACCAGGUCACUGCCGAGCCUCCUCGCAACCAAGAACAAAAUCCCAUGACCGUCCGCGUCAUCUGUCGUUCUUCUCCGGCAGCUGCGCCGGCGAGCGCCCCACCGAACCCGCUCUCUUCCUCGUCUCUUCGCUACCGAACCGCAGACAACAACAGCUUCCAUGGUUGUGUAGCUCGCCGCCGGCCUCCACAAGCUGAGCGCCAUCGGAUCUGGAGGAUCCGGGCCUCCCGCGCUUUCCCGUGUCCGUCCCCUGCCUCUCCGCUUCGCCAGAGUCCCUCGCGAGCCAGCGUCGUGAGCUCCAGCGCCGCAGCUCCUCUGUGUUUUAUCGAACAGAGGCGACGCCCGUAGCCUCCCGCCUCGCGCAUCUGGACCAGCCAGCGCCAAGUCGGCCCAGUCAGCGCUCCGCUAGACGCGCCUGUCUCUACCACCACCUCAGUAGAUGGGCCGAGGCCCAUGGUGAGGCCACCCCAGCGUUCUUUUUCUUUUUUUCCUCUGUUGGGCUUCCUGUCCAGUUUCGGCCCGCUUAUGUUUUUUCAGCGUCUGCGAAUUUAGCUAAUUUUCCAGAGUUGGCAGUUUUACAAAAAAACCCCUGUGGUUCAUGCAUAUCAUAUCUCUCAAACUAUGCAUCAUAUGUA